AAUACCAUUCAUUUUCAAUGCGAGCACAGCGACUUCCGGCGAUACGAGCUGUCGCGACCGUUGGCGCUAGAUGUGGGCGUGUCCAGCGACGCGACAAAGUUGAGAAAAGUUCAACUUUGGAGCGACUAACGGAAGCGACAGCCAAUAGGAGAGACGACGGGAGAGCUCACGUGAUCCUUCUCUCUUUCUCUCAGCUCCUGCAGUAACGGAAAGAUGGAUGAAAGGCUAAUUCUUGCUGUUAGAAAUGUUCCAGUGCUCUAUGAUAUGUCUCUUCCCACGUACAAGGACAUUUUAAAGAAAAAUACUGCGUGGAAAGGUGUAUCUGAGAUCGCGGGGAUUUUAUGGACCCAGACAGACCGACAUUUGCAUUUUCGCCGCAGAUAAACAGCCGCUCUGGCAAACAGCACGCCUUGUUUCUCAUUCAUCUUUGAUAUAAAGCAUUUUAUGUACUGAUUCCAUUUAUAUUUAGUCUUUUCCCUACAAAAUGUUUGUUUUUAGUGGCAAGAAAAGAGAUUCGCUGUCAACAGCAAUGGAAUGACAUCCGUGAAUGUCAUUUAUAAACGUUACUAGGCAACCAGUAGUGGGAACACCCACUAGCGACUUCACCGCCAGCCACUGGCGACCUGCAGCGAUAAAGUCGCUGGCAGUGUGUACGCAGCUUAAGCUGUAAUUCAUCAGUGGAUCUACGCUACAUUGCGGUGGACGCGUCCAGCGGUUAAAUACUCGCCUAAGAAAAUGACUUUGCAGGCAGAAUUUAAACAGUAUGCUGAGAAUGUUAAGAAAGUGAAGACCAGACCAACAGACCAGGAGCUGUUGGAUUUGUAUGGCCUCUACAAGCAAGCUGUUGUUGGGGACAUUAAUAUUGAUAAACCUGGAAUUAUGGAUAUGAAAGGGAAAGCCAAAUGGGAAGCAUGGAAUUCAAGGAAAGGUAUGUCAAAUGAAGAUGCCAUGAAUGCCUAUAUUUCCCUGGCCAAGGACGCCAUUGGAAAGUAUGGAAUGUGAUGGGGGAAAUCUUCAAUCUUUAAGAAUAAAGAAGAUAUACAUUUUCACAAUGAAAAAGUAGUAUUAUAACUUUCACCUAUUGACAAUUUUUAGUUAUAUAUAUAUAUAUAUAUAUAUAUAUAUGUAUAUAUAUAUAUAUAUAUAUUUGAAUACUUUAUCUUACUGUAAUAAAGAUUAACAGAUUAGAAGAUAAUUUAUAUCAGUUUCUUUAUGAUACCACCUGAUUACUAGUCAUUGCCAGUCAGGUGAGAGUUAAAGAUGUAAACAUGUAACGAUGUUCUUAUUUUUUCUCAUGUUGUUUUCAUGUAAAGAGUGAACCAUUGAGUGAACCAUUGAAUAAAUCUGAU